ACUAGGAUUGUUGUGAAUAUUUCGCCCUUUCGCAACGCGGACGUGGCUGGCGGCGUGUUUGCUGGUUUCGGAUUGAGGAUCAGCCGUGGUUUUGGUUCGUCUUUUGCUUUUCCGCAAACAUCGGAGCAAUCCGUAGCAUGCCGUAUCAAUCCCGGGGCUUACCGGGGUUCGCCAGAGAGUAGAUUCGAGAGUGAGCUUUCGAGCAGCAAUACACUUGCCGGUCGAUACAGUGUUAGUGAAUGCAGAACCACUGGCAGCUACGAACUGCCAACAGUAACGUGUCGCGAGGCUUCUGAGCAUAAGCUGGGCGAAAGACGGAAAGAGAUAAAGAUCUGCGAAGCUUUGGGAUGUGCACAGCGCCGAGCGUGCCGGUAGGAAGCGGAUGGAGCAACAUCAACAACAUUACUCAUUCCACGGUGGUAGUCGUUGAAUCAGCGGCAAUCAUUGAAUCUUUGCCGAGCCCACAUCAAUGAACGACCAAACAGUAGCGAACUGAACGCUGACGAGGACAGCGGGCGUGAUACGAAGAAGUGCAACAACAUAUGCUCGCAAUAUUCGGUCGACCAAAAAAGAGUGCGUCUGGCAAACGGAAUUGUGCCGCUCUGGAAACAGAUGUCGCGAGUGUGAUGCUUUCGGUGGAUGAAUAAUGAUCCGGCGCCGCUGUUGUUCAGCAGAUAUAUUGUGGAUCUAGUGCAGUGUGUUUUUGAUAAGUGAAAGUGCAGAAUAGUAAAAUUCAAUUCAAGCUAAUUUUCUGUGACAUAUACGCAUAAUCUGUUGGAAGCAAAUUCGGUGCGACGCAUUUGAUGAAAGGAGUUAAUAGCAGCGUUUGGUCCCGUCGUAGGACCCGUGUAGCGUGCAUUGUAGCGUUAGUGUUUCGCGAAAAUUGUCUGAAUGAUGGAAGUAAGUGAAGUGCCGCAAACGCAUCAACAAUCGAUGCAAUCAAUAUCACAACAGCCGUUGCAAUCUCAAUUACCGUUGGAUUUUAGUGUCACGAUGGUGAACAUCAAGCUUAACAAUGUCACCAUGAGUCCAAACGGUGGCAGUAAUAACAAUAAUAAUAAUAACAUCAGUGUGAUGAUUGGUAAAGGUGGCAGCACGGAAACGGGGACCGUGACCGACGAGAACAAGGCAAGUUCGCUAAACGGAGUUAACAUUUCUAGACCGAUGAGUCCGAACGUGUUGCUGACGGUGAACAGUAACCCAUCGGUGCACGGCAAUGGAAGCAGCAACGGUUCGUCGAUGACAAGCGCCUUCAAGGUAGUGACACCGCGAGGAAAGGCCGACGCACCAACAACACCUGCAAACGGAUUUUCGCCUUUAAUUUUCAACAACGAUCUACUGGUAAAUCACUACCGCCGUUUGCUUCAUCCUGCGGCCGUACCACGACUUCCCAGCGGUGCCAAUGGUUAUAAUGAUGUGCCUGACAAUCCACCCAAAAUGGGCCAUAGAGACGAAAUCAAGUUCGGAGUAAGUCGUCUGGUGAAAAACGAAUCCGAGGAUGAAGAUAACAACAACGUUUAUCAUCACCCUGCCCAUCAUACUCAACAACACCUACCACUGCAUGCUACCCAUCUGCAGCAGCAAGCCUUGAACGGUCAGAAGCUGUCAGCGCUAUCGAGCGGAUACGACUCGAGUGCCCUCAGCAGCCGUUCGCGCUCCCGAAGCAGAUCGCGGUCACGGGACCGUUCAACCCGCUCACGAUCCUCCUCCAUCGAGCUGGAAGUCGACUCACCGCCACCACCGCGGAUCAAUCCCUCGCCAACGACGGAAGUUCCACAUGUUCCUAAAAACUCCGAAGCCUUCUCGGUGUCGGCCUUGUUGAAGCGAGAAGUGGAGCCGAAAUCGAAAUCUCCCCUAUCAAAUGGAUCAUUCGAUUCGAUUAGGCCAAAUUACACACAGUUCUACGAACAAAGCAUCCUCAACAGACCCUUGUUUCCUCCGUUUCCGUUCUUUGCUAUGCUACAGCAGCAAGGACACCAGUUGAAUCCUGCGUUGGCAAACUAUCAUCCGUCAACUCCAGAGGAUAUACUGCGGUUACGUCACUUCAUGACACAAAAUGCGGCGGCUGCAACGGCCGGUGCUGGUGGAGCACAUCUGGACUUCAGUCACCCACACCAUCCACACCAUUUGCUAAUGCGACCCGAUGUACAUCCACGAAGAACACACAACGGAAAACGUCCGUACGCCUGUGAGCUAUGCAACAAAUCGUUUGGCCAUGAAAUUAGUUUGAAUCAGCACAGGGCUGUGCACAAUGUGGAGAAAGUGUUUGAGUGUAAACAGUGUGGAAAGGCCUUCAAGCGGUCCAGUACGCUAUCGACCCAUCUGCUUAUACACAGCGACACCCGGCCGUAUCCUUGCGGGUUCUGUGGGAAACGGUUCCACCAAAAAAGUGACAUGAAGAAGCACACGUACAUUCACACCGGCGAAAAACCCCACAAGUGUCAGGUGUGCGGAAAAGCCUUCAGCCAAAGUUCGAACCUCAUAACGCACUCGCGCAAACACACCGGCUACAAACCAUUCCAGUGUGAGCUGUGCCACAAAGCAUUCCAGCGCAAGGUGGACCUACGACGGCACAAGGAGACGCAGCACACGGAGAUUCGCACUAUGGUCAACUAACCCAAGGCCCGACCGGAGUUCACCAUGACAGCGAUCGCCUCUAACAGUUCCACCGUCGCAUGUCUGCGGGUUGUUCCGGAGGAUGACCGCAGCGUCGUGAUGCUUCCUGGACCCGAAGAAUCUGCUUCGCAGUGUGCCGGAACGGCCCGGACACUAUCACCUGGCUCGAGCGCUUCCCCAAAGACUGUGACCGGGGACGUUGGAGAGUUUAUCGUGAUCGACUGAUCGUACAGUGAUACCGGCAGUGGGAUAGUAAAUUUAUGUUUGUAAAAAUUGUACAUCCGUAGUACGUGACAUAAAGGCAGCUUAAUUAUUAGAUGUAUAAUAGACCUAAUAGUAGAAUGGUGUAUCAUACUUUCUGUUAAACAAUCUUCUGUUUGCAAUGUUUCGUAUCCGGUUCCUUUCAUUGAUAGAUGUAAGAAAAAAAGCAAACAAACGCAAAAUACGAUCAAGUGUGUGCACAGCAUGACAUACCAUUUCUUCGUGCGAUGUCAUC